AUCAUCAUCCCAACAUAGAAAACAUAUCCAAUUGAGCAUUUUAAAGCCAAAAAAAAAUGGGAAACACUUUAGGUGGUAAAAGAAUUGUAAAAGUGAUGAAGAUAAAUGGCGAAACAAUCAAAUUCAAAACUCCGAUUAAAGCGGGCGAUGUAACAAAGGAUUACCCCGGCCAUGUUCUUCUCGAAUCCGAAUCCGUCAAGCAAUUAGGUAUUCGUGCUAAACCUUUGGAAACAUGGCAAGAACUAAGACAUAACCAUCUUUAUUUCAUUGUUGAAUUACCAACUAAUAAUAUGGUUCAACAAAAAGCCGACCGUCCUAGGAGAGUUCGGUCAGGCAUAAAUAUGACCGCAAAGGAUAGACUCGAGAGCCUUAAGAUGUAUAGAAGGUCGGUUUCAAGCAUCACGGUUGUUCCUUCCGCGAGUGAUAUUCCCGCGGAAGCUGGUGGCGGCGUGAGGUUGAAGAUGAGACUGCCGAAAGCCGAGGUGGAGAGACUAAUGAGAGAAAGCAAGGAUGAAGGAGAGGCGGCUGAGAAGAUCAUCGGACUUUGUAUGGGCGGCGGCCGUGACGGCGGAGGUGAAGAUGGGAAGGUUACACAUAGGCGGCAUGUGCAAUGGGAUCCUGAAGUGAGUAGGCGAGAUUGAAAAGCGUAGACAUAUAAGAAGAUCGACGUUGAUUAGUAGUUCAAGUAUAAUCGGAUGCUCCAAACCUUAUUAUAGAGCAUAUGCCAUCGAAAUGAGGAGGAAUGCUUGACCGGGAAGUGGGAUAAGUGAGAAAUCUUGGAAAAAUCAAAAAUCCUAAAAAUGAUAAAGAAUGUGUUGAAUAUAGAGUUUCCUGAAUUUGCUCUUGCCAUUUUCAAGAGAAGUCUUAGCAAUAUCUGGAAACUUUGUGCUUUUUUGUUUGUUUUUAUAUGUUAAUUAAAGGUGUAUAUGUUCUUUAUAUCAUGCUUGAAUAUUGGAUAUAAUUUAUGAUAUAUG